AUGCUGGUAAAUGAAGUGAAAUCAGCGGAAGUUCCUUCCAAACCAAUUUCUACACGUGGGAAGGAAAGCGUUGCUUCUGGUGGAAUUGUAACAAAAAAAUCCAGUUCAAAAAACUCGAAUUAUUCAAAGCAAGGCAUUUCCAAUUCGAAAAAUAAUGCUGCUCAGACGUUCUAUUUAGAAGAAAUGCUAAAGGAGACUGUAAUUUGUACAAACAUUCGAUUGCUCUAUAAGCGAAACAAUAAUAAUGCAACGGAGAAAGGAAAUAAUGAGGACACAACUAUACCUAAAAUCAGAGCUCUGUUUGGAAUAUUGUAUAUGGCCGGUGUCUUGCAAAUGUCUCGUACAAAUUUACAAGAGCUUUGGAGUAAUAGCGAUACUACAGCGCCACAAUUUUUUCGUCUAGUAAUGAGCCAGAAUCGAUUUAAGGUUUUAUUGAGUACUCUACGUUUUGAUAAUAUUGAAACGAGGGAAGAGAGACGUGCUCUUGAUAAACUUGCACCUAUCCGGAAAAUAUUCGAUGAUUUCAAUAAAAGAUUGCCUGAAUUGUACGUACCAGGAGAAUGCUGCACCAUCGAUGAAAUGUUACUGGCUUUUCGGGAAAGGUGCCCGUUUAAACAGUAUAUUCCCAGCAAGCCGGCAAAAUAUGGUAUAAAAAUUUUUAGUCUUGCCGAUGCCCAUACAUUCUACACCAUCAAAAUGGAAGUAUACCUUGGAGUACAACCUGAUGGGCCAUUCUACGUUGAUAACAAACCGAGCAAUGUAGUCAAAAGAUUGGCGAUCCCGAUUGCGAACUCGAACAGAAAUAUAACAUUUGACAACUGGUUCACUUCAUUUCCACUGAUCGAAGAACUUCUUAAUGAUUACAAUUUGACAGCACUGGUCGUUCUUGUUUCCACUAUGCACAACACGGGUGAAAUCGAUCCUUCAACUGGCGAGAAAUUGUUACCAGAAAUAAUUUCAUUUUACAAUUCAACAAAAGGUGGCGUUGACGUUGUUGAUAAACUUUCAGCGAAAUACAACGUCGCUCGGGAUACUUACAGAUGGCCACUUGUAAUAUUCUUUGGAAUUCUUAACGUUGCAGGCAUCAACAGUUUCGUCAUCUAUUCUCUAAAUUCCGCGAAAGAAAUUCAGAGAAGGACAUUCUUGAAGACUUUGGCCCAUGAAUUGGCGAAACCUCAACUUUUACAAAGAUCUUCAAUUCGAUCACUUCAAUUCAACCUGCGAAAGGAGAUGCAAAGAUACUUUGGAUUAGAUCAAGGUUCUGUAAAUAACAAUGAUCCAUUCAGAUGUGGUUACUGUCCAAAGAGAAAAAAUAGAUACUCGAAGACUAAUUGCAUUCGAUGCUCAUUUAAAGUUUGCACAGAACAUACUGUUAAAGUAUGUUAUAAAUGUUUCGAAAAAAUUCAUAAUAUCGAGUAG